AACCUACCACUAAAAGCUUCUGUAGCAACGUAACUUUCAAGCAAAGCUGCAAAUCAACUUAAUCUUCAACUGCUUUAUCAUGCCUCCCAAAAAGAAAAAGGGUAAAGGAAAGAAAAAAGGAAAAAAGAAGGAUGGUAAUAUUUUAAAUUCAGAUUUAUAUGACAACUAAUAGGGAAAACCAAUCAUAAUGCGACAAGUUAUCCGUUAGUUUAUAAUUAUUAUAAUUAUAAUACUUAAUGACUUAAUUAAUAGUACUAAUACUGUCUAUAGUCUAUACUAAUACUAAAAAAUAGGCAUAAAAAACAGAUGUCAGAAAAUAUUAUAUUUACAUUUAGGCUAAUAAUUUAAUUUAGUCAAAUCAAGAAGCAUUAUUGCCCUUAGACCCACGAAAUAACUAGGUCUAAACGGACUAAACUUAAACUUUAGUCUAAAGUAAUAAUAAUAAUUUAGGCCUACUAUUAUUCAUUCAUAAAAUCUAGUAUUUAGUUAGGCCCACUUCGCAUUCUUAAAUUUAAGUAAGUCAAGUCAUUUCACCAAAAAUAAUUUUAGUCUAUGCAGUAUCAUUGAUUUGUUGAUCAUACUACUAAGUUUUACAAUAAUAGGGCUUGUCAUUUAAUGGUGUAAAUCUAUUAUUAUAGGACAGCUGUAAUCAUCCGGGUACUCAGGUCGAUCAAAAUGACAACACUGUUCAGUACUACUAUGUUAGUGAAGUGACCAUUAACCUAAAUCAAAACUUGUUUGCAACUAUAUUUUACAAAAUAUUUUACACAAUUAUUUUUACUGAUAUUUUGUGAAAUGGGACUUCAUUGUGCGUACGGCACGUGUAACAGUGACUCUAGAUACAAGGAUCGUCCAAACGAUAUGCUGAAACGCACUAUUCCUAUUAGCUGCCAUGUUUUAAGCAAUAUUUGUCCGACGUUCUAAAAAUAGUAGUGGUAUGACAUUUUCCAGUCUGAGAAAUGACAAGCCCUAUUGAUAACUUAUUCUAAUAUUCAUACUGAAAUUAAAUAUGAUCGAAUUGUUAGAAUCCACAAGGAAUGUUUCAAAUUAUUGAUAUCUUAUUCACGGAUAGACUGAUAGUUGAUAAUCAUUGGAUUGUUUUUUUAAAGUUUAAAUAAAUUAUAAGUGAUGGAGUAGCAGUUCAAGUUUGCUAAGCUCAGGCCCAGGGUGGUCAUUCGUUUUCCACCAUUCCCUCACAGAAAAAACAAAAAUGGCAGAUUAUCAAUAAAAAUUCAAUUUUGUUUAUUUUUGGUGGAAGGGGAUCUCCACCCCCACCCUAAAUUGUUUAAAUUAGACCUAUAUAUAUAUAUAAUAUAUAUAUACACACACAUAUAUAUAUAUAUAUUAUUAUUAUUAUGGCAUCCUUCCGUCUACGUGAGAAGAUGGAGUAGCUAUAUAGUUCUACACUUUGACGAGUGGCUCACUAGGCCAAUCCUUGAAUGGCAAUCACGGCCGCAUCUCUCGCAGAAGAAUGUUGAAACCCGGUAAAUUCUUGAUUUUCGAAUUGUUCUUUUUGAUUCGACGGCCUCGUUUCGAGUAACUUCUGCCUUUUUCACUCCUCCAAACACUGCUGUACGCCAGUUGGAGCGAUGAUCGGCAAUGAACUCCCAUUCGUUUGUUUCAAUAUUGGCUUCCCUCAUGCUUCGUUUGCAAACAUCAAUAAAUCUCAGGCGCGGUCUUCCAAUAUGUCUUGUCCCCCUCUACCAACUCUCCAUACAGCAGAAUCUUUGGGAUACGUCCUUCCUCCAUUCUCCGUACAUGACCUAACCAGCAAAGCCGUCUCUUGAUAAGAAAGGAGAAUAUGCUAAACAUAUGUGCAUGUUCCAAGACCUCCAUGUUAGGCACCCUGUCCUGCCAAUGAAUGCGCAAAAUGCGACGCAGGCAUCUUUGAUGGUAGCUGUUGAGUUUCCGCUCCUGUCUGGUAUAUGUGGUCCACACUUCGCUACCAUAUAGGAGCGUGCUAAGCAUGCAUGCCUGAUAGACACUUAUUUUUGUUUUAUCAGUUAGAUUGAGAUUAUUCCACACCCGCUUAUUCAGUUUAGCCAUAGUUGCUGCUGCUUUUGCAAUCCUGAUAUUGAUCUCUUCAUCAACGGAGAGAGAACUAGAAAUAUUGGAUCCCAGGUAUAUAAAAUGAUCAACAACCGAAAGAUUAUGACCCUCAAUAGAUAUAUAUAUAUGCUAUUGAACUCAAUCUCAAAACUGUAUACUAUAUUUUAUCUAUUUUUAAUAUAAUUCAAGAGUAUUUUGGCCAAAGCACAUUACAUUGUAGUCCUUUCACAACACAUGCCACAGCUUCUCCCCUUACUCUCCACCUAAAGGACGAUAAUUAUUCUAUCACACAAACUUUAUGAAAACAUAAAGUUUUUGAAAAUUUAAUGGAAUUUUUCUCUCACUUAAUGAUUCCUGAACCUAAUAUUAAAAUAGUAAACUAAGAAUUAGACAUUUUACAUCUUUCUUCUGUAACUAAACUGUUUUUCUGAUCUUGUCUCACAGAAAUAGAUCCAGACCAUAAGAAGAAGCUAAUAAUAUACUAACUGAUAGUAAAUACAUACCCAAUAAUGAUAUAAGACGUCUUAUUAUUAUUAUUAUUAUUAUAAUCUGGUCUAUUUAAAAGUGUAAAACUAACAGACUCAGCCAUGGGCACCCGCAGAAAACUUUCUAGGGGGGUGGGGGGGGGGCAAAAAAAUCGAUUAACUUUCCAUGGGGGCGCAAAAAAAAAUCUAUUAAAUUUCCAAGGGUGGGCAAAAAAUGUGUAGUAAUGUUUUAAUGUAGUUUUAAUUUACUGUAGCGUAUUUGUAUGGUGAACGAAUGGACAGGACAUCAACUUAGUUACUUUACAAAAAAAAAUCUAUUAAAUUUCCAAGGGGGGGCAAAAAAUGUGUAGUAAUGUUUUAAUGUAGUUUUAAUUUACUGUAGCGUAUUUGUAUGGUGAACGAAUGGACAGGACAUCAACUUAGUUACUUUCUCUUUAUUUUCUCUUUACUUUAAUACAUUUUUUUUCUAUUUUUGUCUAAAAAAUUUUUAUUCAAUCAAUCUGGGCAAGUGCCCCCCCCCCCUGUGGGCACCCAUGGACUCAGCUUUUGUAUUAUAAACAGGAUUAAAAAGGGGAAAGAAAGAGAGUGGGGGUGGGGUGUGCUUGUAAUGUAAAAAGAAAUAAAAAACUGAUUCAAACAAUAAAAUAAUUCACUAGCAACAAAUUUGGAUUUUCAUAUUUUAUAAUUAUUUCUUUGAUUUUUGUACAAGAUUUUGUGUACUGUGUUUUUACUUUUACUCUUUAAAUUUGAAUAUAAGAUUUAGAAAACUGUUUUUAAGUUUGUUUAUUACAAAAAUUGCUCACAUUAUAUUUACUGUAACAAUUUUUUAUCAAUAUAAGAGUAAGAAUAUUUUUAAGUGCAUAAAAUUGUGACUAUCAAAUUCUGAAGCCGUAGACUUAUGCAUCAAUAAGACCUUUUUUUAAAUUUAAUAACAGUAAUCUUUCAUCUUAGAUGCCCAACUGGAGCUUGAGGACUCUUAUAAGCGGACAAUGGAUGAAAUUGCUGCUCUCAAAGAUCAUCUUGGUAAUAUUUGUAUUUUCUCUCUAUUAAUGAUGUAUAGCAUAAUAUGGAAAGAUCAUUAUUCAUGGGUAGAUUCAGGAACAAAUUUAUCCAACUUUUACCCUCUUCCUACUCACCGUUUAGUAACCUUUUUCAACAAAUACUAAUAUAGGAGCAACAAAUACUAAUAUAUGAGGAACAAAAAAUGUGUAGCAUUUUGUAAACAGAGACUGUGCUCUUAUCCCAUCAAAGAAAUUUUGUGAAUGAUUGACAUUGUUAUACUUCGGUUUAAUAAAAAAAUAUAGUUUCAUUUUCCUAUACGUGAUCAUAGUGAAAUAAAAACUUGAGCUAUUAUUUUAUUUCAGCUUCAUAUUUAGAAAAUAAAAUUUUUUUGUUAAAAUACUGGUAAAGUUUGAAAUUUUUUUUAAAUUCUUCAUCUGAACAGCUAUACGUAGGGAGUUCACAAGAAGAGCUAAAUCUGCAAGUGCUGACAUUUCUAAAAAGAUGGAGGAAACAGAGAAGAUUUUGGAACUCCAGAAAGAAGAUCAAAAAUCAAUUAAUGCAGGUAAAAAUGAAAUGAUUGUUUAAGUUAAAUUUUUAAAAGGUUUAUAGAACUAUAUGGUCCAUUGCCUGUGUAAUAGGUUCUGUAUUAAGUAAUUAUUGUGAUCAGAAGAGAUCCAAUUAUUAAAAACUCAAAUGAUCAAUGACAUUAAUUUUUUUAUAAUAAAUUAAAUUUUGAUACAAAUAGUUUUGUUAAAAUGCCUAGAUCUUGAUUAUCAAAGUUUUGAGGCGCCCUUUGCUUUGAUCUAACUCCACAGACAGGGGCUAAGUAAGCUUCAUUGACAUUAUAUGUAAAAAUGGAAACUGUAUUCUUAAGAUAUAGCAUGGUGGUUCAUUCAAGUAGUUGUUAAGAAGUUUUAACUUCAUGUGCAUAAAAUGCAUUUUAUCCCUUUCCAUUGCUAAAACCUAAGACAAAGAUAUUUAUGACAGUUUAUUCUCUUUUUUAAAAUAUUAAACUAGCCUUGAAAGUCAAGUCCGUUUUUUUAAUCUUUUACUCUCUACUGUAAAAUUGAAUUGUCAGUAAUGUAGAAUAAAUUUUGCUUGUAUUAAAUACAUAUACAUUAUGUUCAACAGAUAUGACAAGGCAGUACAAGACAAUGCAAACAGAGAUGGGCCUGAGAAUACAUCAGCUGGAGACAGAGCUUGGGCGCACACGGUCACAACUAAGUAAAUUUGUCAACAUUCUCCCACAUUUUAUAAGUAUAAGUCAAAUCAUUAACAGAUGGCAAGCAUAAAAAACAUAAACUGUAGCUUAUUCUGGAACCAUUAAACCUGUUUGAAGAAUCCCACACAAAAAAAAAUGUAAAAUAUUUUUAAAAACAUAUCCUUUCUGACCACAUUUCUUAGUUUUAAUGAUUAAAUAAUGUUUUGAACAAAAAAAAAUUGUUUAUAUAAUAUAAUAUAUUUUGACCCAUAAAUAUUCCUUUUUCCAAUAUUAAAAAAAAAAAUGAACAAAUAUUUAGCUGCUAUUGAGAAAUUCAACAAAAAAAAAAGUAAAAUUAUUGGCUAAAUUGACCAGUUUUGCUAUAAAAUUUUUUACAUAUUUCAUUUAUUUGUUGUUAUUCAAAAGAUUUAUUUCUAUACCAAUAUAUAUAAAAAAAGAGAUGUCGUGUAUUUAAAGUGUCAUGUUUUUAAAGUGUAGAGUCAUUUUAAAAAUUCUCAUUUUGAAGGUGCCACUGAGGCUGAGCUAAAGAAAAGUUAUGAGGAUCGCAAGAAAAUGGUGGACGAAAGGGAUACAAUAAUUAAAGACCUAAAACUGAAAAUUGAUUCCAUGGAAAAAGCAUAUGAAAAUGUCCUAAGGGUGUGUAGUAAACUUACAUUAUAAAACAUAAUUAUAAGUCAUAAAGUAAGUCUUUUCAAGAUGCUAGAGGAAAAAUCAACCAUGGACAUAAUCAUUGAAAGGUUGCUGAAUUCAACAGUAAAGCAUUAGACUUAAAGCCCUGUCAAUAUCAUCUUCCUUCUAUUUACUUAAUCCACUCAGUGAUAUGUCAAGAAACUUUUUUUUUUUUGGUAGCUAGAAUUCAUCAAUUUUAUGUUUGAAAGUUUCAAUCUAUUUUUAUUCAAUUCUUGCUCGUUUCCUACAGGAAGCACUGGAAAACUUGAUAUCAAAACUUGAUCUUGCCAGGCAGAAGUGGGAAGAGCAUUCCUCUCAAAUUCAAUCCAAAAAUAAACAGACAUUGUUGGAAUUUGGACUUAAUCCUCUGGAUAUUUAGUUCCUAGCUAAAAAAAUGUUUCAUCUAUUUGUCAUAUUUAAUUCAUAAUUUAGUGUAAAAAAAAAAAUGUUACAUGCGAUUCAGUUUUAACAAAUCAAUUAAAAAACUUCAAAUAAAAUAUUUCUGUUCUUUUGUAUGGUAUCAACAGUUUUUUAAAUUAUAUAAUGAGUGUUUAUAUAAUUUUACUGACUUUGUUUAAAUGACUAAACUAAAAGUCAUUAUGAUUUACAAUUUUAAUGUUAUGCAAGGUAGUGUACCCAAUGAAGGUUUGUACUUUGUAAAAAGAAAUUCAGUGAAAAAGUAUAGCUCUAAAAAUUUCUGUUACCUUACUUACAGAGACUUGUGAGUAUUUUUUUGUACAAGUCUCAGUUAGUAACAAUUACAUAACUUUAAAUAUACA